AUGGCUUCAGAGUCAAAUUCUUCUUCUUCUGAGGAAGUCUCAUUAGCGUCGACUUCGACUGCUGCAGUCUCGUUCCAUUCCUUGAAAGGAGAGGAAAUCAUAUCGAACAAGUCUAGUGGUGAUACCCUCAAAGACAGUGAGACCACUAUUUCUGAAAAGAUCAUACCAAAGCCUAGUCAAGAUCAACCAGAGCAUCCUAAAUCUGCUGAAACUGAUAGCAGGACCUCUCCUUUCAAGGAAUGGAACGAGACUGCAGCAGUCGAAGUCGACGCUAAUGAGACUUCCUCAGAAGAAGAAGAAUUUGACUCUGAAGCCAUGAAGGAAGCAGAAGCUGGAGGAUCAGAAUUGCUGCCUGAAACUUCAACGUCGAAACUGUCAGCCAGCCUAGGGCUUCCUGAAGAAGAAUUCAUUGCCUUGCAAAUCCAUGAUCCUGAGGCUGCUCUGAAACUUCUGAUUUCCAAGACAACUUCUAAUCCUGUGAGCUCGAGUGGACCCAGUAAUUCGACUGCCUCAGAUUCAGAAAUCAAUUCUUCUGUUCGACAAGAUUCUCUGAUUUCAAAGCUGUACCAGGAUUUCAUUAAUGGAGAUAUCUUGGCAUCAGUGGAGGAGCACCCUGCUAAUGCUUUUAAGCAUAAAUCUUUCUUGAACAAGUUGCAUAAUCCUCAAACUGAUCUCGAAACCUUGGGGAAGGUCAUCCAACUCGAAUCUAUCUUGGACCAAUUUGCUACUACUGUGCAAAAUUUGAAACGCAACUCUCAAAAACUCGCUGGUCAACAGGCCGCUUAUGAUGCAUUAUUCGAGAAAGCCAUGGCUGCCCAGUCGAAAGUUGAUCAAAUGAAAGCGCAAAUUCAACAACCAGGUCUUGGAGUUCAGGAAUGCACCAACAAAAUUUCUAAGUGGGAAGCAGAGAUAGAAUCUCUUCGAGCUGAGAUUGCUGAUCGAGAGAAGAAGAUCCUCGAAGAGAAAGCAAAGCGCUCAAAGAUUGAAGAAGCUGUUGCUGCUACCACUCAAGAAUCUAUUCGAGAGGCUGCGAAGGAAGGAGUGCACGGGAUGCGCUGUACUGAUCUUGCAGAGGUUGGGAAACUUUUGCAAAAAGAAGCUCUCUACACGUGUUAUGCCUUUAUCUGCACACCAGAAGCUAGAUUUACAUUGUAAAAUCUACUCGAAACAACCUGUUAAUUGUUCUGAGCUUAAUUUACAU